AUUAUAAGAAUCUCCAGGAAACCAUUAUGGCAACUAAAGCUAUAUGAAGCGCACAUACUUGAACCAGGGAGGAAAAAUGGAUGUAUAAAAUAAAAUAGUACGCUAAAAUAAACUUUUAGACUUUUAUAUACCAAACUGGACAAAUAACAAGGGAAACUGGUUCAACAGUACAGCCUGUUUUAGAUUUACACUGUAACAGUUUGUUAAAGGCAACAUGAAAGCAGACGACAAACUUCAGAUCUUGAAAUUCUUUCUAAUGCUCGUCAACUCCUUCUUUGUGAUUCUUGGCAUCAGCAUUUUUGCGUGUUCGGCUUGGAUUUUAUUUGAUAAGGACAGCUUUGUAAGUGUUUUAAGCUCUGGACAAGAAGUGAAGGUGGUGGCUGGGGGGCUCUUUUUCAUCGGCCUUGUCGUGGUUGUUGUGUCCUUGCUGGGUUGUGCUGGUGCCUAUUUUGAGAGCCGAUGUUUCAUCAUAUUUUAUCUGUGCUUCUUGAUCGUCAUCAUACUGGGCCAGCUUUUCGUCACCUUUGUGCUAUUAAUACAAAGAGACAAGAUCGAGCAGUUUUUGAGGGAUAACGUGGACGAGAUCAUUAGGGAGUAUGGAGGAAAUGAAACCCAAACGUCUUGGAAACUUCUAGACAGUGUGCAGUCUUCUGCAAAGUGCUGUGGUAGGCUGACCCCAAAUGAAUGGAGGAAUAAUACAGUUAUUCAGUCCUGGGGGCUUACUGACGUCUACCCUUGCUCUUGUUUUAACGGCACCUGUCCUGUAAUUCUGUCUGGAACACACAGCUUUGGAAGCGGAUCAGACAUCUAUGAAACGGGCUGUGAGAAGGAACUAGUGGACUGGCUCGACAUGAAUAUAAUCAUAAUAUUUGGAAUGGAUGUUGGGCUUCUUUUGAUUCAGAUUCUGCAGUUUAUCUUUGCUGUCCAAACCUUCAAAUGCAUUGGCCGUAAGACGAGGGAACUGCAUCCCAAUAAUCUACUGAACGCCAUGGAGGAGAAUCCUGCAGCGAAGCCUGAACACCAGCAGUACAGUACGGAAGAUCAGCAGUUUGACCCUCAAAUGGACAAUGGCUACUCUCAUCACGGUGGAUAUGCCGAUGGGAAAUAUGACCAGUAUAACAAUGCUGAAUUUUACGAACCGGAUAACAGUCAGCAGUACAGUAGCCAUCAUAAUUUGCAAUACCAGCAGAGCUACAAUGGCAGUUAUGGUCAGGGAUACAUGCAGCACCAGAGUUACAAUCCUGAUGAUUACUGAAUGCCGAAUUUCUUUUCUCAUGUAACGUGAUCAGAUUGGGACGGGCUAAUUUGCCGUUUUAAAAAUAGCAUUCUGUAUAAAGAGCAGGCUGUGGUCUGUGCCUGACCGAAGACACUUAAAACCUUCUCGUAAGGCCAUUGUUUUGUUUCACUAAGUUCAGGUUAGUGCCAGUUCCCAGGAGUAUCAUUUGUCAGUUUAAAAGACAACCAGCAUCUUUUUCUCGAACAAUUCAUUCCAGACCACUAAGGGCAAAGGCUUUUAAAGAAAAUAUUUCAGUAGAAGUCACAGCUCAAGGUUUGAUGACAGACAGUUAUAUUUUAUUUUAAGUUUCCAUUUUAUCGUAAUGCCCCUUGACAAGUUUACAGGUAUUUUAGAACUGUAGUAAUGUAACCACAUAAAAAUACUGACCUGUAAUCGUAACCAAUAUGAGAAAAUCUACACAAUUUAACUGGCAACAAUAUUAUUACAAACACUGUUAUAUAGUAAAAACUUUGUUUUUAAAUAAAGAACAAAAAUCUACAGGAUUAACCAUACCAUUAAAAAAUAAACAUUUCAUAUACAAACACUA